GACUGCAGUCAGGUGGUUGCGGGGUUUCCCUGCCUCCCUCCCUCCCUCCCUCCCUCCCUCCGUCCCACUCCGUCUUCCCCUACUCGCCUCCCCGCCCGGUGUGGGCUGGCCUAGCGGGGAGCCGGCCGGGGAAAGUUGGGAGGAAAGUUUGUCGGCUGGAAAAGUUUAGAGGCGGGAAAGCCGCGGUCCCGGCAGCCCGGCCUCCCCACGCCGUCCCCGCCGGGCCCCGCAGCGCUGCGCCCCGCGGGAGGACCGAGGAUGGCGGGCGGGGAAGGAGCGGGCUCCGGCGUGCCGGAGUGCCGGGAGCAUCUCUUCAAGGUGCUGGUCAUCGGGGAGCUGGGCGUGGGUAAAACUAGCAUUAUCAAGCGGUACGUGCACCAGCUCUUCUCUCAGCACUACCGGGCCACCAUCGGGGUGGAUUUCGCACUCAAAGUCAUCAACUGGGACAACAAGACCCUGGUGCGGCUGCAGCUCUGGGAUAUAGCAGGCCAGGAGCGCUUUGGAAAUAUGACCAGAGUAUACUAUAAAGAGGCAGUUGGUGCUUUUGUGGUCUUUGAUGUCACAAGAGGUUCCACUUUUGAGGCUGUUUCAAAAUGGAAGCAUGAUUUGGACAGUAAAGUACUACUUCCUAAUGGCAGCCCCAUACCUGCUGUUCUUCUUGCAAACAAGUGUGACCAGAAGAAAGAUGGCAGCCAGAAUCCCUCUCAAAUGGACCAGUUCUGCAGAGAAAGUGGCUUUGUUGGGUGGUUUGAAACCUCUGCCAAGGACAACAUCAACAUAGAUGAAGCUGCUCGAUUCUUGGUGGAGAACAUCCUUGCCAACUACAAAACCUUUCCUAAUGAAGAGAAUGAUGUGGGGAAACCAAAACUGGACCUAGACCCAUUGAAAGCAGAGAGUAAAUCACAGUGCUGCUAAUGCUACCACUGUUCAGUAAAUGUGAUGGGAUAAGCAGCAAGACUGUUCCUUAAAUCAAACUGCUGCUAUGGUGCUGUGUUGUGACAAUCCAUAUGGGGUGUCUGGUAUCAUCUGAAUAGGUGAUUCUUGUGGGUGUUUACAUAUUCUUGUUUAGCAUGAAACUAUCUUGUGAGUUAUCACUUCACUUGCUUGAGUGGCUGCAUCUAUGUAUGAUUAGUGUCUUCUUACUGGAGAACGUAAGGGAGUGCUUACACUCCUAAAAAGGAACAAAGACAACAUUCGGUGUCUAUCUGCUUCUAGGACAUAUGCUACAUUCCAAAUAGGACUUGCUUAUCAUGGUUUUACCUGAAUAGACACUUGCAUCUCUACAGUAAAAUUCUGUUCCCAGUAAUGUCCCACUUCAGCCUGACUUCUCACCUAUAUACUUGUCCCUAUUUAUUAUCCCCCACCAUGAGGAUUUGUCUCAUUGCUAGUUCUGGAUCAAGACAUCCCAGAAAUCUUGAAGGGGUCAAUGCCAGAUGGGGAGGUGUCUCAGUGUGCUCACUAGGAGUGAGUGGAGUAGAUAGCUUUUACCACUGAGUAAGAACAAUAUGGGUAAAUGAUUGCACUUAGUGUGGAAAGGCAUGGUUAUAGAAAUACUAAAAAAAAUAUUCUCCAUCCAUUGAAGACAGAGUAUGGUCAGCUAAUACUUUACAUAUGAAACACAUUAAUGAAUACAGUCAUACUGCUGGCACAUAGUUAUAGUAACCUCACCCAUACGCACAUCCAGAAAUAAACAUCCAGUAACUUGUUAAUGCACUAACACUGAAAACUUUACCAAGAGUGCAAAAUGUAAAUAUCUUACUGUCCUGUGAUAAUGAACUUGCUUUGUUUUCCUUCUGUCUUGAGAGGGUUCUGAAUACCAUGAGGGAGGAGAGAGGUCUUGGUGGAAAUAGCUUAACUGGUUCUUGCUAGCCUACCAAAAAGAAAAAAAACCCCAGACUCAAACUUUUUCAAUUUUAGAACACUGCUGCACUGACUAUUCAGAGCUGGUGAACUGGUUUACCAGUUUGUAACUCUGUAUACUGAGAUGCUUAUGUUUCCUUGUUGUGACUCGUGUAUUUCUGGCAGCAAAUGAAACUAAAAAGGAUUAGAGAGAUUGCACAGUUCUUGAAUACACUCUGGAACUCUGGCUCUCUUGGCUGAAAGGCUUUGAAGCACCUGUUCAUUUUAAGGAUUUCUUCUGUCCUGGUACCUCAUUGCUACUGACUUUAGAAGUCUUACCUUGCUUGGUCUGAUGGUGCUGAUGUUUAAGUAAACAUCAGCAUGAAGUAUGUGCCAGAUUGGAUAUACUUCCAUCUGUAUUGAGAUUCCCUAGGCUGUCUUUUUUUUCUAAAGAAUAACAUACUUUUUAAGAGACAAAUAAAUAUAUUUGGGCAUCUUA